UCGUCUCGUCUCCUUUUCAGCAGCUUAUCGAUUGUCCGACUCUGUAUUUACCAGUUGCUGCUCUCUCCCUCGCCGCUCCUCCGAUCGCCGUUGGGGACGUCCAUAUUGCCAACGUGCUGCGAUUAUAACGAGCACUGCCCGCCUGCGUGACGCCUAUUCUUAGAGUUGGAUGGAUGCUUAAGCUGGCCGACGAGGUCAUCAAAACUUAGUUCGCCCGCGCCGACCGCCAAUCCAUCGCCGCUGCUGCUUUCACGCCGCCAACCCCAACAACGCCCGCCUGUGCGCCGACCAUGUCCAGCAGCACGCCCACCACCAAGAAACCACCCAUCCCCGCUGCUGCUCGCCGCACCCCCGCCGCUGCCACCAACAAUUCGGCUGCCGCAGCCGGCUCCAGCGCUGGUCGAGACUCGCCCUCCAAAAUGUCGUCCAGCGCGACCAACAGUGCGGCUGGUGCGGGCGCAACGGCCUCCCUCAAUCGCACGCGUUCAACACGAAACGGCGCUCCCAUGUCUGCGAGAGCAGCGGUGAGAGGCAAAUCAGCCACCGACAACGCUGCCGACGAAGAUGCUAAAGCAGAACUCCUCGCCAAAAUGGAGGACCUGCAACAGAAACUCCAAGAAGCCGAGCGCGCUUGCGAAGAGUCACACAAGCAGGCUGCAGUACUUCAGGUGAAACUUGACGAGGCUCAUAAGGAGCAAGGCAUGCUGGAGGAGACCGUCCACGAGCACACUGAGCGCAUCAACGACCUCGAGAACGAGAAGAAGGAGAGCUUACGAGCACGACGAGAGAUUGAACAGAUCUACGAAAGCGAAAAGGAGGCCGCGAUGAAGGAGAAGGAGGAGGCUCUGAAGCGGGAAGAGGAGAUGCAGACUGCCCUCCAGCGUAUGAAGGAGACCCUUGCUCAGCGGGAAAUGCGUGCCGGCCUGGAUGAUGACCGGAGGCCCGUUCUCUCUAGGCACUCGAGCAAUGCGCGAAGUGCAAAUGGCUCGCCAGGUCCAGAUGGUUCUGAUCGCCAAUUCGCUCCUCCCUCCGUUUCCCGAAGCGAUUCGAUGUCACGAAUGAACUCCAAGCUGGUCAACCAGAAAGACAAGAUCAUUGAAGGGUUACGUCUCGAGCUCGCCGAAGCACAGAUCAAGCUCGUCGAGGUGGAGAACAUGGGUGGUGGCCGCAUGCAGGAGAUUCAGAAGCAGCUGUACGACGUCAAGAUGCACAACGCCCGUCUCAUGGAAGAGAACGAAUCCUUCCAGCUCCUGCUCAGCGAAAAGACACUGCAAGGAGACUUCAUGCGAGGACCCGCACACAGCGAGUCUCGUCCACCUUCCCGACACGCUGAAGGCACAAGCGGUACAACUCUCGCAGACGAGCUCGACUCUCACGCCGACGAAAGCGAGAUUGAAGGAGACACGCGACGCCUGCAAGCCGAGAUCAACGGCCUCAAGGACGCGAACAAGGCUCUGACGUUGUAUAUUAAUAAUAUCAUCUCCCGCCUGCUGCAACAUGACCAAUUCGAAGCGAUCCUCGAUAAGACGCCGGAUCUCAUGGGAGGCUCUGACGCCGCCCGGAGGCGAAGAGCAGCAAACACGGAUAAAGACCUGCCGCCACCACCAGGAGGCGAAAAUGAGCAGCCCAGUCUUUUGCAGAGAGCGAAGAGUGUCAUGGGAGGAUCCGCCAAGCCUCGACCGCGACCAUUAUCGCAAACGCUCACCCCAUCUGAACUGAGCGAGCCUGUAGCGAAGGGACCGGCAUUGCAUGAGGAUCCUACGACAGCUCCAAGUGUACCAAUAGCACGAGCUAGGUCGACCAGAGCACCCAGUGGGCACCGCCGAGCCAACUCAGAGUGGCCCGCUGCAAGCGUGGUGACGAACAUGUAUCGCGGACCUUCACCAAAUUCGGGUCCUCUGAGCCCAGGUCUCACAUCUCCGAUCAACCGCAACUCAUUCUUCGGACGAGCUCCAUCAUCAGGAUCACAAGUCCCAACCAUUUCUGAAAAUCAUGGUGACAAGGACAAUGCGAGAGACAGCAAGAUGGGCAGCAAUGCCAGCAACCGCAACAGUGUCAUCUCUAACCCUGGCAACAUUGGCAUUGACGAGGACAAUGUGCUCAAUAUCAACAACGAAAGGUCCAACCCUUCAUCACACCCAUCGUCACCGCCGCGCAGUACAACCAGCUCAGGCGACAGGGAUAAGCCCAGUGGCGCCAUCAUGAUGGGCUCCAAACCUCGUCCUCUCCGGCUGGUCCAGGAAGCUGCCGACGAAGACGCGGCGAAGAAGCAAGCCAAUCGUGGAAGCUGGUUCGGCUGGAUGAACAAGGGAGGCGCUGCACCACCUGCCACGAACAAUCGCGACUCUGUGCACUCCCCGCCACUGGGUAGUGCUGGCGGCGUUGGACAAGGUCUUACUGAGAAACUCGGAGGUGUCUUUGGCCAACGCAAGAGCGAGAGCGAAGCAUCCGGCAGCCAGGCGCAAUAGAAUUCGCCAUCUUUGCGGGAGAGAAACGCUGAUGAGUAUCUUCAUCUGCGCGAGGAGUGGAAUAUCAGGGAUCGAACUGACGCUGCUACCGGAUCUCCUGGGAGAGGCCAUGGAAGACGGACGAGGGAGAACAUUCGGCCUGCACUCAACGCUCCUGCUCCUGCUCUCUCGCUCACGCGAGUCGCCGCUACAACGGGUAAAGAGAACAUCCGACCUUCCCACACCUCUCUACCACCCAUGUCGCCAGCUGCACCUCUCCCGCCACCUCCUGCGCCCGCUUUCGUCGCCAG